AUGGCGAGGCUUAGAGGUCGACGAGGAGUGAGAAAUAAGAGUAUCCGAAUUUCAACUGACGCCGACGAAGGUCUUCAAAAGAUCGACAACAGCAGCCAUGACCUGAAUCUUCAAGCUUUUGAUGUUCACGAAGGCGAAAUUUUUUCUGCAGAUGCUAGUGGUGAAACAGUUAACAGAUCGUCCACCCAAGAGGAUGCUCAAAUGAUCGUUGACUUCCUCGAAAGCAUUGCGGUUGAUGAUGAUGACGGUGGUAUAGAAAUGGAAAAAGAGGUGUUAACUUUUCCUCCCAGCUGGGAUGAUCUACUUUUAGAUCCGAGCUUCGAAAACCCAUAUUUUGUUAAUGGUGCUGGGGAUAAAGAUGACCACGAUGUUAAAAAUGAAGAUAUGAACGUAAGCUACGGCUUUGUUGAUCAAGGUAUUCGUAUAAGAACGAGAAUAUCAAAUUCUGGAUUCAAUGGAGUUCCUCAAAGUUCUGGAUUCAGUGGAUUUGCAACAAGACGAUUACGUAUGCAGUAUAAAGACUUCAACAGGAGCUUUGUUGGUGAGGAUUCCAAAAACAAAGAGUUUGGGCGUGAAACAAAUAGACUGGAUUACUUUAGUGUCGCUGCUUUUGAUGUCUAUGGAGACGAUCAUCUCACUGGGGCUGCUAGUUAUGGUGGCGGUGGUGGUAGAAGGGAUGGUGGCAUAGUGUUAGCCCCGGAACAGGAGAGAGGUGGUGCCACUGACGUUGCAGGUGAAGCGGUAGUCCAAAGAUUGGAGCAGGAAAGGGGUGACGGUGGUGAUAGUGGCGGUAGAAGGGGUCGUCGUUUAAUGAUGGGGACGAGAUUGGAGGAAGAAAGAGGUAGUGCCACUGCCGGAGCAGGUGGUGGUGAUCGGACUCGAGAGAUUCCUGGUGGGAUUUUUUGGUAA